UAAAAAACAAAACACAAACGAAGAAGACAGAACCCGGAAGUGAAGAAAAGAUGGCGUCUAGUGAGCCCAGUGGUGAAGUUCGGGAUGCGUCAGGGUCUGAUGCCCCCAAACUGAGCGAGCUGUUGGAUGGGGGCUGGAAGAUCUACGAGGAGGUGGACAGCACUAACGAGCCCCUCGGGUCCAACGCGGUCCAGCUCCGGGUCCGCCGCGGGCUGGGCCUCCUUCAGGAGGCGGCCCGGAUGGUGGCUCAGCUGGACCUGUUCAGUCGGAACGAAGACCUGGAGGAGGUUUCCACCGCAGACCUUAAGUACCUGCUGCUGCCCGCCCUGCUCGGAGCCCUGACCCUGAAGCAGACUAGCAGAGACCAGAGGCUUACUACGGUUCAGACCGCCCGGGACCAUUUCAUGGACUUCCUGAUGAGAUGCAAAGAGUACCACGUGACCAGGUUCAACCUGCCGAAGAGGAGAGAGAGUCCAGGUGAAGAGUCACACAGCGACCUCCCUGCUGCAAAGCCCGCCCCCGGCUCAGCUGACCUGGUCGCCAUGGCAACACAGCGGCAGGCUAAGAUUGAGCGUUACCGUCAGAAGAAGGAGCUGGAGGCUCGACUGUCGGACGUCCGCAGCGCGGUGGAGAGCGGGCAGGCGGACGACGAGAUGAGCAGAGAGUUUUACCUGCUGAACGUGAGGAGGUGGAUCACCGUGAGUCUGGAGGAGAUCGAGAGCAUCGGGCAGGAGGAGGAGAUCCUGAAGAACAUGGAUGGACUGAAGCAGAACUCCACCAGACCCACAAACCAGCCCCCCAGACCGCCCAUGAAACCCUUCAUCCUCACCAAGGAUGCUGUGCAGGCUCAUGUGUUCGGGGCAGGGUAUCCCAGCCUUGCCACCAUGACAGUAGAUGACUGGUACGAUCAGCACAAGAAACGCGGAGCUCUGCCCGACCAGGGUUUACCGAGGACGGUCGCUGAGGACGAGGACUCUGAUGCAAAGGAAAGAGAAGAAGAAGAAAAAGAGAAAAAGGCUGAAAACGAUGAUGAGGAGUCUCUGAUGAAGGCCAGAAACUGGGAUGACUGGAAAGACAAUCACCAAAGAGGUUAUGGAAACCGUCACAACAUGGGGUGACUGAUCCAGGACCUGGACCCUCUUCAGUUUGACCUUGAAGCUGUCGGUAUGAGAAGGCUGCCAAACACAGCGUUGCCAACACCCCUGUUGACUUACUGAUCAGCUUCCCAUUCAGCUGAUUUACUGAUGUAACACGUUGUAAUUUCCUGUCCUCUGUGCUGUUUCUGAAUGAAUGUCAAUAAAAUCUGCAGUUUGUUGUUUAAA